UCCGAUCUCUGAGCGUGCGUGCGUGCGUGCGCUACAACAUCAACAGAAUGAGCACUUAUCGUAUUGUCAGAAAUAAAACAAAAACAUUUAGGAUCCUAACUAAUUAAUUCAGUAAAAAUUGAGUGUAUGUCAACGUCAGUCAUACAGUCGCCUUAUCUGGAUUAAACCUCGCGGCUCAAAGAGGUGUCUAAACUGUAACCAACUAUAAGUUCAAAGGCACUGAGAGACGGGGUGAGAAGAUCUGGAAUGGCCGGAGGAAGAAGAGGAGCGAAUAGAACGACAUAUUGUCGUUCUCCACUAAGCAGUGAGACGGGUUCUGUUGGCAAUGGCAACCACUCCACCAGCUCACCUGUGACGAGUGUGAGGUCACGGACCAGGAAUGGAUCCGGAACGGGAAUGUCCAGCCCUCCUUUGGCCACUCAGACGGUGGUGCCAUUGAAGCACAGUAAAAUUCCGGAACUCUCCGUGGACCGGGACGUCUUGUUUGAGCUCCAUCUGUUGGUGUGCCAUCUUACAGCUCUGUUCGUGCAUUAUGUCAACAUCUACAAAACCGUGUGGUGGUACCCACCCUCUCACCCCCCUUCACACACCUCUCUGAACUUCCACCUUAUUGAUUACAAUAUGUUGGUGUUCAUCAUUAUCGUGCUGGCACGCAGGCUAAUAGCUGCCAUAGUAAAAGAGGCAUCGCAAAGUGGAAAGUUAUCCUUCCCUCAUUCUUUCUUCCUGGUGACGGCUCGUUUUGCCGUCUUGACUCUUGCAGGGUGGAGUCUGUGUCGUUCACUAAUUUAUCUCUUUAAGACAUAUUCUGUACUCAGCCUACUAUUCCUCUGCUAUCCGUUUGGAAUGUACAUUCCCUUUUUCAAACUCAGCUGCGAUUUUCGGAGAGCUGGGUCCAUGUCCCCUUUAGGUGCCAUGGGUUCUAAAGAUGUCAGCGGGGCCGGUGGUCUGGGACGUGGGGGGCGGGACUAUCUCUCAGUCCUUAAGGAAACAUGGAAACAGCACACCAGUCAGCUGUACAGUGUUCAGCCCAUGCCCACCCACGCAUGCUGCCUAUCACCUGACCUUAUCCGCAAAGAAGUGGAGUACCUGAAGAUGGACUUCAACUGGAGGAUGAAGGAGGUUUUGGUUAGCUCCAUGCUCAGCGCAUACUAUGUAGCUUUCGUACCUGUUUGGUUCGUCAAGAGCACACAGUAUGUGGACAAACGCUGGUCCUGUGAGCUGUUUAUACUUGUAUCUGUCAGUACUUCAGUUAUUCUUAUGAGGCACCUACUGCCUCCACGUUACUGUGACCUGCUUCAUAAAGCUGCAGCUCACCUGGGCUGCUGGCAGAAGGUGGACCCCUCCCUCUGCUCCAAUGUACUACAGCACAUAUGGACAGAAGAGUACAUGUGGCCACAUGGAGUUUUGGUCAAACACAAUAAAAAUGUUUAUAAGGCCAUGGGCCAUUAUAAUGUAGCAGUUCCCUCAGAUGUCUCACAUUAUCGUUUCUAUUUUUUCUUCAACAAACCACUUCGAAUAUUAAACAUUCUCAUAAUCCUGGAGGGUGCAAUUAUAUUCUACCAGUUAUAUUCCCUGAUCUGUUCAGAGAAAUGGCAUCAGACGAUAUCAUUAGCUCUAAUAUUAUUCAGUAAUUAUUAUGCCUUUUUUAAACUGCUCAGAGACAGAAUAGUUCUGGGAAAGGCGUAUUCAUAUUCAGCCAGUGCCUCCAAUCAGAAAGUCAGUUAGACAAGGAUACGUUAUUGUCCGUCAUCACAGACGAGCAGAAAACAUGCGUGAAAGCUGUUUAUUUUUUCUACAGGUGCAUUUUUCUCUGUAUUUGUUCUGACUUGCCAUGAAAUAAAAAGGAAACAUAUUUUUGUA